UUCAUACUAGCUAGGCUGCUGCUUCUUCUUCUUCUUCUUCUUCUUCUUCUUCUUCUCAACAGACAAGAGGAGACGCAAGUCUGCUAUGGAGAUUUCCUUGAGAAUGAAUCCAAAGAUUGCAACAAUAUUGGUUCCAAAGCCACAGUACAAAACAAGGUCUGGGAGAAAGGCUUAUGAUCAUGACUUCAAAACUAUAUCGUGUAGAGCGAAUGAGUUAGCCAUGAAGAAAAAGAACAUGACUAACUUUUAUGAAGUUCUUUGUCUUGGUUCUGUGAAUGUUGGGCACGACGAGAUAAAGAAAGCCUACAGAAAUUUGGCUCUUCAAUGCCACCCAGAUGUGUGUCCUCCCUCUGCAAAAGAAGAGUCGACAAGACGUUUUGUUGAGCUUCAGAAGGCUUACGAGACACUUUCUAAUCCAAUUUCACGCAAGAUGUACGAUUACCAAUUGGGUUUGGUCAAAUCGAUGGGGACUGGAGAUGAGGGAGGAGUUUAUAGAGAAGAAAGCAAGUCCAGAUUUUCCAAGGAAGUAUGGGAAAUCCAGCUCUCUGGUCUAAAGAAGAGGUCUCAGGUCCGGAUGGAGAGGAAGAAAUACGCAUACAUGUAGAGAUCAGGGUACUACGUAGUACUGAUCAUACAUUUUUUUUUCUAUAAUUUAUUUUAUCUACGGAUUGACAAUACUACUGCAUUAAUAUUCAUCAUAGUUUAUAAUUAGAUCGUGGAAAAAUAAAUUAUGUAGCUUCAUUUUUAAAUCGAUCCUCGACUAUAUA